UGCCCGCCCGCGCCGCCGCCAGCCGCCAGCCGCGUCCUGGAGCCCGUGUGAGUACCCGCGGGGACGCGGGGGACCCGGGACGACCGCGGGCGGCUCCGACCCGGCCAGAGCGAGACCCCGGGAGCGGAGCUGGGACCGUGUGGGGCUCGGGCCAGCGCCCCAGGGGGAGGGGGAACCUAGGACCGGAACCCGAACCGGGGGUCCCAGGAACCCACCCAUCCCCAGACCAGAGGGGCGCAGCAAGGCCUUCUGGCCAGGCCGCUGAGGAGCCGGUGUCACCAUGACGGAGCGCUUUGACUGCCACCACUGCAACGAGUCCCUCUUCGGCAAGAAGUAUGUGCUGAGGGAGGAGAGCCCGCACUGCGUGGGCUGCUUUGAGCAGCUCUAUGCCAACACCUGCGAGGAGUGUGGCAAGCUCAUCGGCUGCGACUGCAAGGACCUGUCCUACAAGGGGCGGCACUGGCACCAGGGCUGCUUCCGCUGCUCGCUGUGCCGAGGCUCGCUGGUGGACAAGCCCUUCGCCGCCAAGGAGGAGCAGCUGCUGUGCACCGACUGCUACUCCAGCGAGUACUCGUCCCGCUGCCAGGAGUGCCGGAAGACCAUCAUGCCAGGGACCCGAAAGAUGGAGUACAAGGGCAGCAGCUGGCACGAGACCUGCUUUGUGUGCCACCGCUGCCAGAGGCCGAUCGGGACGCAGAGCUUCAUUCCCAAGGACAGCGAGAACUUCUGCGUGCCCUGCUACGAGCAGCAGUACGCGCCGCAGUGCGUGCAGUGCCGGAAGCCCAUCACAGCGGGCGGUGUCACCUACCGGGAGCAGCCCUGGCACCGGGAGUGUUUCGUGUGCACCGCCUGCAAGAAGCCGCUGUCGGGCCAGCGCUUCACGGCCCGGGACGACUUCGCCUACUGCCUGACCUGCUUCUGUGAGCUGUACGCCAAGAAGUGCGCCGGGUGCACCCACCCCAUCAGCGGACUUGGUGGCACGAAGUACAUCUCCUUCGAGGAGCGGCAGUGGCACAAUGACUGCUUCAACUGCAAGAAGUGCUCGCUGUCCCUGGUGGGGCGGGGCUUCCUCACCGAGAGAGAUGACAUCCUGUGCCCCGACUGCGGGAAGGACAUCUGAGCCUCUGCUGGUGUCUUGGCCAGGGCCUCGCGUGGGUCCACAGCCACCUGAGACACCCGGCAAUCCUUCCUACUACGUCCCAGGGAAGGAGACAAGCGUAUUUAACCCUAGUAGAAACAUAGUUUAGAAUUUUUGUAAUCACGUAAGGCAAAUCCCUUGUAAAACUCCUUUAGAAUGAUGUUUACACAUUCAUCUUUCUUUCACUGCCUCUAGUGCAAUUAACAGUGUCACACACUUGACUGUUUUUCUGAUUCUCUAGGUAAGGAACAGCAGCUCUCUGCAGCUCCGUAACGUAAAGCCUAAAGCAAGAUUAUGUGACUCACAAUAAAGCUAUUCUAAACAAACUCA